GGGGCGGGCUGCGCGUCUCCACCGCGCCCAGAUGCCGUGCGCGCGAAGCGGGCCUGUCACAGGAGUGCCCGGACCUUUUAGCGAACCACCAGUUAGUGCCGGGGAGGGAAUGGAGCACACUCGGGACGCGAGGAGAAAGACGCGCGGAAAAGCGAACACUGCUUUUCCGACCGCCGGGGCGGGGCUGAAGCACAGAUUGCGGCCGGAGCUGGCGCCGGAAGUGGGCAGGGUCUGGGCGUGUCCCCUGGCAGGAGCGGCCAUUGCGGACCGCUCACGGGCCGGAAGUGGGUGGAGCCAGGGCGUGUUCUCCGGGGAGAGCACUGAUUGCGGCCUGCGCGGGGACUGAAAGGGGGCGGGUCGGACAGGAGCGGGGCCCGCGGGAGCUAUAAGGCGGCCAGUGAGAAGGCCGGAAGUGGGCGUGUCCGUCCGGCGGGGGCGUGUCCGCGGGCGCGGCCGGGGGGCGGUGGCGGCUAGUCAGGCCGCUGCGGCGCCCGAGGGGCCUGAGGAGGGGCCAGCCGCGUCGGUGCGGAGCCGGCCAGGUGCGCGGCCACGGAUGGAGGGUCCAGUGGAGUGCGGGGCCCGGGACCAGGCCGAGCUGGAGCAGCCCGUCGGCGGCGCCCUGGGCGGGACGCCCGAGCAGCGCGCCAGCGGCCGCCUCAGGGAGCCGGGGCACUCGGCGGCAUACCCCGCCGACCCCUCCGACCCCGCGGACGAAGCCCCGAGCGCGCCCCCGGGGAGGCGGCCCCGCGGCGGCCCCGCGGAAGAGGGCGCGCGGCCCGAGGUGCCUGGCGAUGCGCCGCGGCCCGGCCGCCCCGCGCCCCGGGAGGCGGCGGGCAGCUCCCCGCAGCUGCGGCGCGGCCCCGGGGGCGCGGACGGCGCGGCGGCAGAGGAGGAGGGCGCGGGCGCGCUGACGCUGGACCCGCUGGAGCACGCGUGGAUGCUGUCGGCCGCCGACGGCCGCUGGGACAGCCUAGAGGGGCUGCUGGCCUGCGAGCCCGGCCUGCUGGCCAAGCGCGACUUCAUCACCGGCUUCACCUGCCUGCACUGGGCGGCCAAGCACGGCCGGCAGGAGCUGCUGGCCCUGCUGGUGCGCUUCGCGGGCCAGCACCGGCUGCCGGUGAACAUCAACGCGCGCACAAGCGGCGGCUACACCGCACUGCACCUGGCGGCCAUGCACGGGCACGUGGAGGUGGUGAAGCUGCUGGUCGGGGCCUACGACGCGGACGUGGACGUGCGCGACUACAGCGGCAAGAAGCCUUCGCAGUACCUGAGCCCGAGCACCGCCGAGGAGAUCCGGACCCUGGUGGGCGCCCUGGACGAGGACGAAGCCGAGAGCACGGCGGGCAGCGGGGGAGGGCGCUGGAGGCUCUCGAGGGUGCUGCCCUCGACCCUCAUCUCCGGCAGACUGUCGCACGCUCUGGAGGACGGCGGGGACCACCACCACCAUCACCAUCACCUGGCCGAGGGAUUGGCUGCGGGCAAAGCGAAGGAGCCGGGUCGCAAAGCCUCGGGCAGCUCUAGUGGGCGGAUGAAACCCAGACUCAACAAAAUCCGCUUCCGAACCCAGAUCAUCCACACCACACCCUCUUUCAGAGACCCGGAGCAGCCCCUGGAGGAGGGGGAGGACGAAGAGGAAGACCGGUCUUUUAAAGGCCACUCAUCCUCAUUCAAACUGAGACCCAAGUCCAAUGUAUUCGGGUAAAAAUGAUUUUAGAACGUUCUAAGACUUGUUUGUCGUCUUAGGAAUAGGGUACUAGGUGUAGACAAGGAAGUGAGACCAGAAAAGACUUAAGCUAAAUGCUGCAUUCUUACUUCGGGGGGUUGGAAAGGACGGGGAGGAAUUCUCCUUAGCAGUAUGGCUGCAGUGGAUUUCCAAGCGAUUCCUCAAACCUUGACCUAGGCCUCUUUUCCCCCUGCCACCCUUCUGCGCUGGAGUCCCUGUUUCUAAGGACUGAAAGUGUAUCAAAAUCAGGUGCAGAGUUGAUGACUGAGGGUCCCUUUGAUUGAAACAUUGCCGGCUACCAUGCAGAGUAAGGAGCAUUGCACAUUCGUAUCUGUUUUUAAUAGUGGCGACUCUUCCAAGAGCAACAGGAAAUGCAAAUUGUAAUGAAGCUGGUAGUGUUUGUAAGUGUGGACAAACCGACAUACUACCCUGUGUUUUUACUAAUUGCAUUUGAUUUUAAGAUGCUACUGAAGGUCAAGUCAGAGUUGAAAUGCACAAAUACUAAUUAGAGAAUAAUGUGAAUGCAGUUGGAAAUCUCUUGGUACCCUACUUGUAAGUAGUGUUCACCUCUUUUCAAAAGCAAUUUCAGCUUUGGUCACUGAACUAAAGAAAUAGGCAACAUUCACUUUUGAGUUAAUCUGUUGUGUGGUUUCCUCUUAAUUAUCUCUAAUACCACUGCACUUAGUAUUAAGGUACAUUAUUAAUAACUACAUAAAUUUUUAUUUAAAGAAAACCCUUUUUAGCAACCUAUGGUACUUUUAAGUAAAUGUUACCUCUGGUUCUGAUUCUCACUAACUUGUUUUGCUUUUCCAAAAGUCUGAAUUUGUCUGAGUUUUUAUUCUGGGGGUAAUUUAACCGUUGGUUCUACUUGGCAUGACCCUAUUUGACAGUGCUUAGAGUUGAAUUGCCUACAGAAACUGUUUCUGGUUUAGAUUAUUAACAAAAAUUGACAUAAAUGUUAAUGAACUGAUGCUUCUGUGAAGUAAUUAUUAAAUCAACUUAAUAUUCUCACAUAAGGUACACUUUUUUUUUUUUUUUUUGCGGAACGCGGGCCUCUCGCUCCUGUGGCCUCUCCCGUUGCGGAGCGCAGGCUCAGCGGCCACGGCUCACGGGCCCAGCUGCUCCGCGGCAUGUGGGAUCUUCCCGGACUGGGGCACGAACCCGUGUCCCCUGCAUCGGCAGGCGGACUCUCAACCACUGCGCCACCAGGGAAGCCCAAGGUACACUUUUUAUUUUACUAAUGAAACACAUUCAUAGUCUCAAUACUUUGUAGCAAUGUUUUGCAAAUGUUUAAAAUACUCAAUCUUUUCAGUUUUCCAGUGUUUCCUUGAAUCUAUUAGAGACAUGGAAUGAAGUUAUUGGAAAGCUGGCUAGUAAAUCUACCCAGUUAAAAAUAGCACUUUAUAAAAGGGAAAAGAAAAUAGAUGGGACGAUUUCUAUAUUUAAAUGCUGCUGGUUAUUGAAUCCCUUCACAUAUAAGUGAAAAAAUAUCGGUCAUUAAAAUUAAAGACUCGUUUAACUGUGGUUCUUAAUUAUAUUUCGUUCAAAUAUGUUAGGGUGAAUGUCUUUAUAAUUAUUGUUCAAUUUAGCUCACAGGCAUAUUAAAUUCACUUGUAACAAGAUUCAAAACGACUUGUGGGAGACUAAUUCCAAAACGUCCUUCUCCCUUGGCCUUUUUGGUCUCAUAGUUGCUGCAAUAUAAGUAUUGCAGCCUAUAGUGAUGACAGAGUGAGUUAACAGAUUGCAGAGUGAAUGAACCAAUACAUGAAUUGCACAGAACUGCAGUGUUUAGAGAGUUCUUAGAUCUUUAAUUUCCAAAGUUGUAGAAAUUUGUAACAAGUUGGUCACACCUCUCUAGACAGCAAUUGAUUUUGUUUAAAGACUAACGAAAAACAUUCACAUAAAAUAUAUAAACCAUUGUCCAUUUGUGUGCCUUUACUUUUGUUUUAGGAUUAUGGAAGUGGGAUAUGUACAUUUGAGAAGCACUUUUAUCCAUACAUGUGGGUGAAAAUCUAAUUUUGUAUAAAUCAAAAUUAGGUUCCUUGAAGGUGAAAAGCAGUCAUUUGUUCCGGAUCAUAACCACAUUGCCUGUAUCUAGUGUGGGAUAAGUUGUAACUUCUCACUGAGUCUUAAGGUUUCAAGGACGUGUGAAGCCAAAGUGAACCAUAAAAACACUGCGGAACCACCUCCAUGUUCCACUGAACAGUGUUACUCUCUCAAAUGUGUAUGUUAGUGCCUAAUUGCACAGAAUCUGUAACUUGCUAGAUCUUUAGGGAUGGAGUCAAUACUUAACUUGCUUUUCACAUUAAAGAAUUCAACUUUUCAGAUAAAAUAUACUUUAAAAUUUCAAAAAUCAUUCCUGGGGGAACUUUUAGCAUUCCUUGUCAUGAUAUCAGUACUUGUGUGCAGUAAGUGCAGCAUUUGCAGCUGCUUAACUCUGUUCCUCUUAUUUUUUCAGUUUCCAAAUUGAGAUUUUAAAAAGCAAGUGAUUUGUGUAAUUUGAUGUUUGUGGAGUUGUGCCUACUAUUAAUGGAAAUAUGCACGUCAGUUACUCAGAGGUUGUUGAUGUGAAACUGGUUAGAAAUUCCAGGUGUGUCAGUGUGUUUCUUACAGGUGCACUGGACACUAGUGAAUUUGUCACAGCUCUCUUCACUUUUAUGGUGUAUAAAGUACAGCUAGCUUAUAAAACUUGAAAAUAUGGCACUAGUCUAUUCAUGCCUGAAAUCUUGGAGUCCAGGAUGCCUUGUCUCUUACUUUUCAAAUAAGUGAAACUUUGGGAGUUUAGAAUGUAAAAUUUGUGAAGUUUGUUUUGUCAAAAUAAAACGUUCACACUAGA